AUGCGCUUCUUGCUGGACGAAGACGAUGGCCAGUCCGUAGUGCGUAGUCUAGGGAGAAGGCCUUUCCUGAGGUUUUCUCCACCAAAUCUACAGGCCGACGAGGCAAAUGCUUUUUCUACCCAGAAUCCGGCUAGUCUACUGGCUUUAUCGACUGCUAAAGCAAUGGGCACAUUAAUGCAAGAGUUACUGGCGGCCGAAACAAAUGAAGAAGGCACUCUUCCAGAGCUGCUGAUUUAUUCUUUACGUCCAAAUCCCCAUUCUACCAACCCAAAGAUCUACUCAAUUGAAAUUCACAACCAUGCAGUUGAGUUUUCAUUUGACUAUACCAUUGAGUCGAGUCCCGUCUGUGACCUCUUAGCAAGUCUCAGCAAACAGUUCGGAUAUGUUUAUAUUAACCAACUGAACAUUCCGAAUUGGAGGCUGACAGAGUCAAGUGAUGCCAUUCGGGCUUUAACUACUAUUAUGCCGCUGAUUCGAGCCCGCUCUAUCUAUAUUGUGGAAACAGUGCCAGAUAGGAGCAAGCCAGUUACUGCAGAUCUAAAUCUUCUGUUCCAACAGAUGCAAACAACCUAUUCUAUCCGCGAUUUUCCUGGGCCCGAUCACAAAGGACACACUAUAGUUGCUCGGGUGCACACUUCAGCAACCAUAUCUCUUAUUUCCAUAAUAGCUAGAUGUGCUUUAACUAAGUCUGUUGUUAUCCACUUUCAAUACAAUCUUGGCCUAAAAUCCGCUUUUAACCUACUGGGACCUGGACCAGAGUCAACGUCCGAGCCCGAACUUAACCCAGAGCUUAAUCCGUAUCCUGAACUCAACCCGAUGCCCCCACACCCAUAUGACUUGGAUGAAAUCAUAGACAACCCCAUCGUGCCCCAAACCUGGAUGGAGAUUCACGAUGCUAGCAAUAUUGAUAGUCCACCAAAGUCCAGGUCACGCACAUCCAGCCAGACGUUUUCACUAUCCUUUAAGAUAGAUGCAAGUGUUCAAGCAUUAUGGGAUUAUUACACCCAAAACAAUCUUGAACAAUUUGCGCCCGUGACAAGCAGCACCUUAAAUAAUCUUAAGCCGUUGUUUCGUGAAAGGAAUGAAUUAGUUACGUUUAGAUGCGAUCCAGAAACGGCUAAAGCACUUACUCCUCAAUUCUUAGACAAGUUCGUUGAUUUGGUUUUUGAUAUUUACAAGAAUGAACUACUCAUUCAUAUGAUUAGGCUAGAAGGAUUUACGGGUGAAGUUGACCAAUCAGUUAUAUUAGACGCAAUGCAUGCGUCGCGCCUUAAUACUCGCAAAGAAAACAACUCUAUACUAGCACAAGAUAUUGAACACUGUACCAAUAUUAAUGGCAGAGUGGAUUACCUGUUCCAAAUCCAGAAGUUCCUAAAAAGAAUCAUAGAGAUAAGGAUCAAUAAUUGUUCUGGCAGCUUCCUCGCGUGGUUUUUGCAUAAGACAUAUAGGUUAUGCGAUAUAGUUUAUCUGGUUCUAACAUUAUCUGAAUCUACAUGCUGUAUGAAUAGGUUUAUAACCAAGCUUAAUCUGGCCAAAGACCGAGCACUAGUAUAUUCAAUUAGCGUCUAUCAGGUUGUGGAGGCUUCGCUAAAGAGCGGCACCCCUAAUCCAUACUGGCUGGAGUCGGACUUAACUAACGACAGGCCAACCGAACAAACCGAACAAGAGGAUCCCCCGUGUCCUGUUUGCCAAGACAUAUUUGAGAGACCUUCACAAAUAGCUCCUACUUUCGGACAGCAUAGGAUGGGACCGGUUUAUACCCCGCAUAGUGAUACUCCAAUGGUAGGAUCGGCCACAUCAAUCCGGGUAUAUCAACUACCGCAUAAUAUUGACUAUGAGACUUUAUGCCAACUACUUGAAGAAGGCCAAAAUGAUUGGGAAGCCCAGCCAAAGAACACCAACAAUCAGCAUUGGUUCUGCCAUUCUGUCACCUUCCAACUCUACCAGAAACCACACAAAGACGUAGUCAAACUAAUCUACCAACUAACCAAAACCAUAAUGCUAAUCCAUCCAUGCGUCGAAUACAUCAAAUUUAAACCACUCCUAGUCACUCCAGAAAUUGCAGCCCGGCUAAAGUCCAAUACUGAUAAAUACUCUCUUUCCUUCCUCCGCUAUCUCAACCAGAAUAUGAUUGUCGAACUCAACAUGAUAGACAUCACUACCAUGAAAGACGAAACAUACGCUAUUGUAUCGGGUAUACCCGAGUACGCCGUGACUCUUUAUCGCUGCUUCCGCCCCAACUCCACGAUCGACCACCGUCCAUCCACUAGCGCCCAACAUCCCCCCAUCCCCACCAACCAGAAUACAUCUUCGCCAUCCGAAGGCAAUCCCGUUCCUAUGGCCACCGAGUCAUAA